UGUACAAAACGUAUACAUACAUAUAGACAGAUUCUAUCUUAACGUUAUUUAACUUUAUUAAUUUUUAUUUUUUUUCCUCUUUUUAAGUGUUACUAGUUUAAUUUAAUUUAAAAUGUCUAUAACUACGUAUUACCAAAAUUGUAGGGGUCUGCCUACCAAGACAGCAGAAUUUAUCCAAAAUGUACAUUCAGAGUCUUACGAUUUUAUUAUAUUAACAGAGACAUGGUUAGCUAAUGAUAUACAGGAUGGAGAGUUAUUUAAUAAAAAUUGCGUUGUAUACAGAAAGGACAGAAAUUUAAAAAUUACAGGUAAAACAAGAGGAGGCGGGGUUCUUAUAGCAGUUUGUGUUAACAUCUAUAUAUACUUUCAAAAACAAAACAUCAAAAACCAACCAAAUAUGUGGGUAAAUACUUGCUGUCUUGGUGAGCUCCCUAUGCAUGAAUAGGUAUACGCAGGUUAUUUCUGUUCUUGAUAUAAAUGCACUUUUUUUUUCUUUUUUUCUUUUUAUUAUUAAACGUUUUUUUUUUGUUUUGUUUUUAUAUGUAUACGUUUACACCUUAUAAUAUUUAUAAUAUUUAAGUUCUUUACGUUUUUUCUUUUUUUUUGUUAUUUGAUUUCAAUAUAAUCGUUGUAAUAAUGUAUAGAAACAUGUAAUUAGGCUCUGCCUGUUUGUUUCUUAAAUCAAUAAAUAAAUAAAUAUGAUA